CGGGUGCACACCGGCGAGAAGCCCUACAAGUGCGCCGAGUGCGGCAAGUGCUUCAGCCGCAGCUCCCACCUCUACCGGCACCAGCGCACCCACGUUACACUGCGGCUCGCACCAUGGAUUGCACUGCAGGUUACACCGCGGUUUGCACCGCAGAUCACACGGCAGAUUGCACCACGGAUCGCACUGUGGAUCGCACUGCGGAUUGCACGAUGGAUCACACUGCAGAUCGUACCGCACCCCCAUGCAUCAUUGCACCGCGGAUUGCACUGCAGCUUGCACCGUGCCCCCGUGCAUCACUGCACUGCGGAUCGCACCGUGCCCCCGUGCAUCACUGCACUGCGGAUCGCACCGUGCCCCCGUGCAUCACUGCACUGCGGAUCGCACCGUGCCCCCGUGCAUCACUGCACUGCGGAUCGCACCGUGCCCCCGUGCAUCACUGCACUGCGGAUCGCACCGUGCCCCCGUGCAUCACUGCACUGCGGAUCGCACCGUGCCCCCGUGCAUCACUGCACUGCGGAUCGCACCGUGCCCCCGUGCAUCACUGCACUGCGGAUCGCACCGUGCCCCCGUGCAUCACUGCACUGCGGAUCGCACCGUGCCCCCGUGCAUCACUGCACUGCGGAUCGCACCGUGCCCCCGUGCAUCACUGCACUGCGGAUCGCACCGUGCCCCCGUGCAUCACUGCACUGCGGAUCGCACCGUGCCCCCGUGCAUCACUGCACUGCGGAUCGCACCGUGCCCCCGUGCAUCACUGCACUGCGGAUCGCACCGUGCCCCCGUGCAUCACUGCACUGCGGAUCGCACCGUGCCCCCGUGCAUCACUGCACUGCGGAUCGCACCGUGCCCCCGUGCAUCACUGCACUGCGGAUCGCACCGUGCCCCCGUGCAUCACUGCACUGUGUGUUGCACUGUGCCCCCACGCGUGAUUGCACUGCACAUUGCACCGUGGAUCGCACCGUGCCCCCGUGCAUCACUACACCAUGGAUCGCACCAUGCCCCCGUGCAUCGCGAGCAUCCCGAGGACGGCAACGUGGAGCUGCACCUUCCCUUCCUGCUCCUCGGCGGAGCAAGAGCCGAGAGGGGUCUCUCCCGCUCCGUGCGGCGGUGGGCAGAGGGUACAACACCUUCACCCAGGGCACCGUCCCGCGUCCCCCAGCUUUGUGCGAGUGACGCUAAGUGCAUGAUCUUGGCCACGCAGGCAGCAAAACCAGGGCAGCACCGAGGCCGCUUCUCUAUUUUUGCGGUGGAAAAACCCGGCGUAAGUCAAGGAACGAGGCAGGUUCCCUUCUUUCUGACCCCGGUGCAAAGCGGCUGCCUUUGCCGGGCAGGAAUCGCUGCGCGAAGACGCCCUCCGGGCUCGGCUUCAUUGCAAAAAAACCCCAAACGUCAGCGAGGAUUUGCCUUGCAAGUGGCCGUUUGCAGAACGGGGCCCGUAUACACGCUCGGGAUGGGGGGGAAGAACCCGCUUUUAAAUCAUAAAGGAGCCCAGAUCCGAGGUGCCCACCUGGCGAUAGGUGGUCUUCAAAAAAUAACGUCCCAAAUCUUUGCGUUCCUGCCAAGACGGGGGGGUCGGCGCGCUCGCACGCCAGCCCCGGCUCCAACGUUCAGCCGCCGGCGCCGCCGCGUUCCAGCUAACGGAUCGUUUUGGGCCAAAUUAGCCCAAAACCACAGAUCAGAGCUGCGGGCCUGGACGCUCGCCCCGGAAAAAUCCAGGCGGGAUGUCUGAAGGGCAGGGGAAGGGCGAGGAAGAGGAGGGCUGGGUGCGGAGGAAGGCGAGGGGGCGAUUCGCUCGCGGAGGUGCAGCCGGGACGCGGCGCUUUGUGCAAACAGUCGUGCCGGGGACAAAAAAGAAAAAGAGCGCGAUGCCUCGCGUCCUACCCCGCGGGAAAGCCAACGAUUAAAGCGGCGCUCUUAGGGAAGCAGUUACUGAAUUUAACCGAGAUUUAUAUAUUUUCUAGUAUGCGCGCGUUUGCUUUUGUACUUGGGCUGCCCGUGUGUGUCUCUCCGCGUGCCCGUACGUGCGAUCCGGCUUGGAAGUGUCGUUUUACCGCUUGUGAGCAGCAACGUGCGCGUUUGCUUUCCCGAGACGCCGCGCUCCGGCUUCGCGUUUCCGUGCAGCCGCUCGCCGUUGGCGGCUCGCCUUUUAUUUUUGAUUCUCUUUCUUUCGAGGAGUAGUAAAUAAAUUAGAGUCUAGUUACCCCGACGGCGCGGUGUCUGCACUCCUCCUUUCCCAGGCCGGAGCGGGAGGAAAAAAAAAAUCGGCUUUUAGGGUCGUGAAAAGAGGUGGUUUCCCAGGGCUUUGGACCAUGCCAAGAUGGACCAUACCAGGCACUUAGAGGUCCUGCUGGCAGCCAAGGUCUCCCAGCGGGACGUGUUACCCUCCGAAUCAGUUCAAAAAAAAGAAAGUCAAAAACUGCCUCUCCUAAUAAUUUUACAGCCAGGCGAUGGUGACUUUGACACUGCUCCCAAAGCCUUUCCACCCCAGGCCACGUUGGCUCCUUCUCCCAGCGCUUUCCACCUGCCCAGAGGUGCAGAAACGGCCGAGACCAACCACCUGGGUAAGCGGAAACAGGAGCCGUGGGCUCAUCUGGCCCAGUCUCAUCUUAAAGCAUAGAUGGUGCCUUUCUAAAACACGCGUCCUCUCGUGGGAGGGCUCUGGAGAACCUCUCCCCAUGGGAAGGACC